ACCGCGGCUUUUCCCCGGAACGGGUGUGAAGAUUGAUCAUUUCUGUUAGCGCAGCCUUGCUGUUUUUUUUCCUUAAAAAGAAGUGGGACACAUUUUGCUCCUCUUUGGUCUCGCUGCUUCCUGCCAUCUGAGGAAGCGCUGCGUGAAUCAGCUAACGUUAGCUCUCCCCUGCCACAUCUGACCACUUAUUGUUUUACCGCUGCUGAGCUCUUUACACUGUUAUUAAGCUGGAUCGCACCCGGUGAUGUUCAGGUUCUCCUCUUUCUUGUGGUUGUGUCUCUUCUCUGCCAGGAUCUGAGUUACCACGGUCCGUGUUUGGACGGUAUUGGGAACUGCUGGUCAAUUGUUCAUCACAUCUGGUGAUCAGGAUGGCCUUAAAUGUCUUUGAUCACGAUGAGUACAGACCACCAGUCUGGAAAUCCUACUUGUACCAGCUCCAGCAGGAGGCGCCACACCCUCGCAGGAUCACUUGCACAUCAGAGGUGGAAAACCGGCCUAAGUACUAUGGAAGAGAGUUCCAUGGGAUGAUAUCGAGAGAGGAGGCCGAUCAGCUCCUGAGUCAGGCUGAAGGCAGCUACCUCAUCAGGGAGAGCCAGAGGCAGCCGGGCACCUACACUCUGGCUUUACGGUUUGGAAACCAGACGAGGAAUUUCCGUCUCUACCACGAUGGGAAACACUUUGUUGGUGAGAAAAGGUUCGAGUCCAUCCAUGACCUCGUCACGGACGGCCUCAUCACGCUCUACAUCGAGACAAAGGCGGCGGAGUACAUCGCCAAGAUGACCAUCAACCCCAUCUACGAACGCGUGGGCUACACCACUCUGAACCAGGAACCCACUCUGAAGAAACUCCUGCCACACAGCCCAGAGAUGCCUGAUGGACCGGUCCCUAUCAAAGAUGGCCGAAACACAGAGAGGCUCACGUCUCUGGUGCGGCGCGCCACGCUGAGGGAGAGCGACAUGGUGCCCAAGUACGAGAAGGUCCACAACUUCAAGGUUCACACGUUCAGAGGUCCUCACUGGUGUGAAUACUGUGCCAACUUCAUGUGGGGUCUGAUCGCUCAGGGAGUGAAAUGUGCAGACUGCGGGCUGAACGUUCACAAGCAGUGCUCCAAGGUCGUCCCCAACGACUGCCAGCCGGACCUGCGGCACGUCAAGAAGGUCUACAGCUGCGACCUGACCACGCUGGUCAAAGCCCACAACACCAAGAGGCCCAUGGUGGUCGACAUGUGCAUACAGGAGCUCGAAGCUCGAGGUCUUCAGUCUGAGGGUCUGUACAGAAUAUCGGGCUUCAGUGAGCUGAUCGAGGACGUCAAGCUGGCCUUUGACAGAGACGGAGAGAAAGCAGACAUUUCAUCAAACGCUUACGAGGACAUAAACAUCAUCACCGGCGCCCUCAAGCUGUACUUCAGGGAACUGCCGAUCCCCCUCAUCACAUACGACGCCUACCCACGCUUCAUAGAGACCGCAAAAAUUACAGACGCAGAAAAACGACUGGAGUCUCUGCAUGAGGCCUUGAAGCUGCUGCCGCCCGCCCACAUCGAGACACUCAGAUACCUCAUGGCUCACCUCAAGAGGGUCACGGAUUACGAGAAGGAGAACCUCAUGUCCAGCGAGAACCUGGGUAUCGUCUUCGGCCCGACGCUGAUGAGGGCGCCUGAACUGGACGCCAUGACGGCCCUCAAUGACAUCCGAUACCAGAGACUGGUGGUGGAGACGCUCAUUACCAAUGAAGAUGUUUUGUUCUGAGAGAAAAGGACACAAAACAAAAAAAAGCUCCGGAGAAAUGGAGGAACAUGUCUGGAAAGUUGAAGGAAGGGACUGUUUACGAGGAUUUCCCCCGCAUUUUUAUGUAAUCUUUCACAAUCAGCAAACUUGAAGAUGUUAAAUAUUGGUAAUGAGAGCUGAAACUCUGAGCCUUCUGAGGUAAAAAGAAACGUAGCAACUGCCCACAUAGGGAAAACACUGGUUUUAGUUUAUAAACGGAUGCCUUGAAAGUUUUAGCUUUUAGUUUUUCUGUUUAUUUAUCUUGUGAAAAGACCAACAGAGGUGGCAUUGACUUAUGCAUCUUGACAUUUCAAGUUGAAUCAGAGGCUAGAGACGGGGAUUUGUGAAGAAAAUCCCAUAAAAUGAGCUCAGUUUGUAUAUUAUUUGGGUAAUUUUUAACAUAUGGCAUUUAUUUUUCCUCUUUGUUGUAGCAAUGCUUGUUAGCUAAAAAUCUUUAUUCCCUCUUGAACUGUGCUACAUUUCUAAGCAAAAUUCAGCAAAAUUUAAAAUGAAUUUCAGUUCAAUUCAAUUAAAAAUGCUUUAUUUAUCCCAAAGGGAAAUUAAAUGUUGUCAUAACUCCUAUCAUCAAAGAGUCUUAUGGAAUGUAUUAUGGUUAGAAAGCCAGCAGAGAGAUGCUGGAGUCGGGGAUAUGGUUGAUUAUAAUUGAUGGUUUGAUUGUCCUCUUUGUCUCUCUGCAACCAAGAAGCCUUCUUUUCAACUCCUCUAGGAUUUGUGCUCAUAUUACAUGUAUUAAAGGCAACAUUUACGGGGAUUUAAUACCAACAAGCAUUUUUACAACAAAGAAAUAAUCAAAUCUGCGACAUGUUGUGUUUUUCUUGCUAUGGACUUCAAGACUUCACUUUUCUGUCUUCACUAUGAUGUCAACAUGUUCAUUUAAGUCUCCUCUGAGAAGGAAGCACUACUGGCUUCAU